AUGUCAGCUCAGAAACGCAAGCGAACCGACUUUACGCUGAAGGAGAAGAAGGAGAUCAUCGAUGCCGCGAAGAAGGAGCCGAAUCAGUCCAAGUUGGCCAGGGAGAUUAGCAAGAAAUGGGGCGUCGAAGUUAAGAGAACCACCGUGAAGGGCAUUCUCAGCAAGAAGGAUGCAAUCGAGGCUGCAAUCAAAGCUGGAUUUCCAUCGAAGCGCAUGAAGUUGACGCAGGCUCACGACCCGAAGCUUGAUGAGGGAGUGCUCAUGUGGCUGAAGCAAUCAAGAGGACAGAAUGUGCCUGUCAGCGGCGAUCUGAUCAAGGAGAAGGCGAUGAAACUGGCCGAGCUGAUGCACAUCCCAGACUUCAUGGCGAGCGACGGUUGGUUGGGCAAUUUCAAGAAGCGCCACGGCAUCACGUUCAAGACAGUGCAGGGCGAAGCUGGAGCGGUGGAUUCGCAAUCCCUUCUUGAGUGGCAACAACAGGUUCUCCGGCCCUUACUCGGGCAGUUCUCCGCAGACGACGUCUUCAACCUGGACGAGACUGGACUCUUCUGGCAGCUGCUUCCGAACAAGACCAUGGCUUUCAGGGGAGAGCGGUGUACUGGAGGAAAGAAAAGCAAGCAAAGGAUCACUCUUCUGGUUGGGGCAAACAUGAGCGGCAGCGAGAAGUUCCCUCUUCUGGUGAUUGGCAAUUCCAAGAAACCCCGUGCCUUCAAGAACAAAGAGAUCCCGGUCAAGUACAAGGCGAACUCGAAGGCGUGGAUGACGGCGGAGCUUUUCGAGGAGAUGUUGCGUGCGUGGGACGGACGACUCGGCCAGCAGGGACGCAGAGUGCUGGUCUGUCUCGAUAACUUCUCUGGCCACCCUCCCGAGCUCGAGCUGAACAACAUCCAACUGGUCUUCUUCCCACCCAACACGACAGCCAAUUCGCAACCAAUGGAUCAGGGAAUCAUAGAGAACCUCAAGCGCCACUACAAGAAGCUCCUGCUAUGCCGCCGGCUUGAGGCCAUAGACGAGGGAAAGGAGUUCAAGUUCACGUUGCUCGACGCUCUACACGUCGCCCGGCGUGCUUGGGAGCAGGUCGGCAAGUCGACGAUCAGGAACUGUUUCGCGAAGGCCAAGUUCAUCGAAGAGGAGAUCCAAACUGAGCCACAGGAUGCGGAGCUGCCCGACAUCUGGGAAGCUCUGCCUGCCGAGGAAAAGAUGCACGAGAACGAGGAGAUCGAGCUGUCUGACUUUCUCGAAGCCGACGAGCGCCUCGCGACUGGCGGGUAUUUCACGCUGGAGGAGAUUGCGGAGGAGAUUCUGUGCAGUGAGGAGCCGGUGGAAAGCGAAGAUGACGAGGUAACUGUCGAGGAGGAAAUCGUUCCGUUCGAGGAAGCCCAGCGCGCUUGUAGCACCGUCCGGAAGUUCAUGCAGCAGAGAAGCGGGAAGCCCGGUGUGAUGCAAGCGUGCGAUCGGCUAGACAACGAGAUGCACGAGAUCCGCCGAAAGAAGAUGCGCCAGCCGACGAUUCUUGAAAGCUUUGUGUGUCGUGAAUUUCUCGCCAUGCCAUAUGUUAGUGUGUGA